UCAUGAGUAAAAUAGAAGAAAAGAAGUUGGUGUGACAGCUAUGGAAAUCCUUCCCUUCCCACCCUCCUCAUUUUCUCCUCCUCCUCCCUACUUUCUGAGGAAAAGAAGAAGGAAAGAAAGGGUGAGGAAUGGGUCUUGGUCUCUCCAUCUUCUCCUUCUUCCCCCUCGCCUUUCUUCUUCAUUUCGCCAGAUGUGAUGAUACAAGCAGCGAACUUCUUAAAGGUAUCAACAGUUACAGAGCUUCCCUCAACCUUUCAGCACUAACAGGGAAUCAAAAUGCAGAGUGCUUGGCAGAACAACUUGCCAAACAGUUUAAGGGCCAACAAUGCAGCAACACUACAGGCUCCAAUACUGUUCCUGGGACCGAGCAACAGUUCCCAAACUAUCCAGACUUUCUGAACCACUGUCAUCUCAAUGCAACGGUCACUCAAGAUGCUGCUGUAAUGCCAGCUUGCAUACCUGGUCUAACUCCAGAUCUUGUCCUGUCCAACUUCACAAAAUCUCAGUACUCUCAGAAUCUGAAUGAUAGUCAUUUUGUUGGAGCUGGAAUCGCCGAUGAAGAUGACUGGGUGGUGGUUGUUUUGAGCACAAACACGCCCAGUGGUAGUUUUGCACCGGCAACAGGAGUUGCUUCAGUUGUCAAGGUUGCUAUUCGCCUCCAAUUGGUGCUGUUCCUGCUGGGUUUCGUCAUUGUCAUGAUGAGCUGAUGAGUGUUACAAUGGUCAAAACUCUUUCCUGUGCUGUCCAUUUAAAUUUGUCUCUAGUUUUUGAAUCUGCCAUGCCAAAAACUAUAUUUUCAUGGAGAAAAAUGGUACUUUGAAAUGUGAACCGACAACAAGGAUUUUAUCUUUGCAGUUCUGUGUUGAUUAGGAAAAUUCUACUGUGCCAUAGCCGUUUCUGGCAUUAUUUUUUA